CACCCAAUGCCAUUUUUUUACCUUUUUUUUUUUUUUUACAUUUUUAUCUAUUCUUUGGUUUUAUAAACUUUUUUACAUUUUUAAUUUUUCAAUUUUAGUUUUCCAAAAGUUUAAUAAUUACAAUUUUACCUUGUAGCAUGCAUAUGUCAUGUUUUAUGUAUUUGUACACGCCACCUCUCCAUAACUACCAUUUUUUUUUUUGAAUUUUUUUUUAUUCUCUGCUUCUCUUUCCUAUCUUCUUCAACCUCUCUAUCCCACGAUCACCCACUCCUAGCCCUAACCCACACUUUCCUCAACCUCCAUUCUAUGCCAUUAUCCCCAUUUUUCUUAAUUGUAUCUGUAAGUUCUUUCUCCUCCAUUGUGUUCUUUUCUUAUAUAAAUGGCCACCACUAGAAGUGGUUCGAAGUCCCCAUCUUCAUCUAAGAAAAAUACUAAAAAUUCUAAGAAACCUGCAACAACUAUUUCAUCUAAAAUCGAUCCUAAGAUGGGGUUGAAUCGUAUUGCUAAGAAAGUAAUGGGUGAUGUUCCAGAGCCAUCUGGUACUAAGAAAAGACCCAUUCCAGAUAAGGUCGAGACUCGUAAGGCUAAGAGAGCAAAAUCUUCGAAGUCUGCAAAGGAUGUUAUAUCAGAUUCUGAUUUUGAGGAUGAAGUGCAUGAUGGGGGAGAAAAGCCUAAAGUUAAAUCCAAGGUCCAUGUUAAGAGCUCAGAGAAGUUUGAAGACUUUGACUUACCCAAAAAAAAAUCCUCCUAAGGAAUGGGAUUACAUAUAUGAUCAGAAGAAUCUGUUUAUUGUGAAAGCCGUUUCCACUGCUACAUUCCAGGUUAUACAAAAUAUUAAGUCUUGCCUUUCCCCUGAACAGCUUGAAAUGUUUUCCAAAACCUGUUUUGGACAUUUCCUUAAGCUUCCUGAGUUUAAAGUUCAACCGCAAGUUUUUCAUGGGUUGCUGUUGCGGGAGGUUCAGCAACCUAAUGAUGCUAAAUUGUGGGUUAUGAUACGUGGUGUUAGGAUUAGGUUUAGCAUUGAGGAGUUUGUAUUGAUAGCUGGUUUAGAUUGUGAAGGUGAUUGUAGUGUGUUAGACUUUAAGCAAGACGUUAAUAGUCUUUGUGAGAAAUAUUGGCCAACUUCAUCCUCUAUUACUAAAGAAUCUGUUAGGGAAUGUUUUACCACCAAGCAGUGGGGUGAUUCUGAUGAGGAUGCUGUUAAGUUGCCAGUUUUGUAUUUUAUAGAAUGGUUUUUGCUUAGUGGUACUAAGAUUAAAAAUGUACCUAGGUCUAUUUUAGAUGUUGUAGACAAUGGAGGUACGAUGAAUUUGCUUGGGGAUGGAGUUCUUUUGAAUUGACUAUUUCGUCCUUGAAGGGUAAGCUUGACAGUUGGGUUGAAAGUGUUAGAAAGGCAAGGAGUUCAGGGAAGAGGCCGAGUAUUUUUUACACUUUGAUUGGUUGUCCUCAUGUUUUUCAAAUUUGGUUUUAUGAGUGUUGUAAGUACAUGAAAGGUAAGUAUUGCCAAAAAGAAAAUUCUCGUAUUCCAAGGAUUACUCAGUGGACAUGUAACAGUCAGCCGACUUUCAAAGUUGUGAAGACUACUAUUUUUGAUGUUUCCAAAGACAAGGUAUAUCUGUUUGUUGUUUUUUGGUUUUUUAAGUCGUUGUUUUUAUGUUAUUUUUUAUUAUUAAUAAACUUUAUUAUUGACAUUUUCAUUUUCUUAUUUUUUGAUCAGCUGCAACUAUCAAAUAUGAGACCCACUGCUGCUGAGUUCAAAGCUUUCAAAUUGAGCAGUUUCAAGUUUGACACUAACUACAAUUCUUACAAGAGUAUUCCUAUUCCGAAAGAGCCUUCUGCGGUUGAGAGUGACAUUUCUGUCAAGCUUGAUGCUUUUUCUGAGAAAUUUGAUGGUUUGGAGGUGAAGAUUGAUUUGCUGCAUACUUCCCAACAAAAGAUUUCUUCUGAUUUGGUUGAGUUGAAAGAGUUUGUGUCUGCACAUUUUGUUUCUUUUGCUGCUCAGAUGGCUUCAAUGCAGACACAUUUUUCUACUAUUUUUGCCGAUUCUUAUGCUAAGGUAUGUUAGUUUUUCAAUGGUUGUAUUUUAGUUUUUUUUUUAUGUUGUUUUAUACUGAUUUAAAUUAUAUUUUUAAAACAGGACAAAGGGGGUGACUCUUCCAAUGAUGAUGGUGUUGGAAAUUAUUUUACCAGGAUCUUAGAUCUACUCACAAGUAUGUUGAUUAACACCCUAAAUAUAAACUUCUAAAACGAUUAUGAAAUAAACACAUAUAAAGUAUUAGAAACCUUACAUUGGGUGCAGCGGAAUAAUAUGACUCCUUCCAUUCAGAUCUCUAACCCUUGCAUCCUUUCUGUCGCAGAGUAUUAUCAAGAUCUGAACCUGGAUCUCUUUCUCUCCUUCUUUAGUGCUGAAACUCCUUCUUGUUGAAAGUCUUUCUUCACGAUCUUCCUCACUAUGAUUGAGGUAUCACUUGCUAUGUGUGGGCACUACUCUAAUCACUAAGUGGUUCAAAAUCUCAAGGAAGAAGAGAGAGAGAGAGAAGUGGCGGCUAGGGUUUCGAAAGAGAAGGCUCAGGUUUUUCUCUGAAUGAAAAGUGUAAUUUUCCUGAAGCCUUCACUAUCUAUUUAUAGCAUUCCACUAGGGUUAGGUUUGAAUUAUUUGGCACUAAAAUAAUGAAAAUAUCAGAUGAUAAAGCCUAUUAAAGUGGCAGGCCAUGGCUAUAUGGAUUUGGGCCUCACUUUUGCAAUUUUGCAAUUUUAUCAUUUCUGCAUCUCAUUUUCUCAAAAACGCCAAUCUUCAAAUUCAACCAUUUAAAUGCCAA